CUCUCUCCUCUCUCUCUCUCUCUCUCUCUCUCUCUCUCUCUCUCUCUCUCUCUCUCUCUCUCUUCCAAUCCCUUUAUGCAAUGAAGCUCUGGUGUCAUUCAAAAGGGCAUUUGCCUUUAAUUCGUUUGGUUCUUUGUGAUGUGCACAAAGCUGACAUGGGGCUAGUAAAGCCCAUGGAGGAGCUAGUCCCCUCCUCCUCCUCCUCUGCGGUCAUCAACAGCAACAUCUCUAUAGGGAACAGCACCAGCAUGAUUAGACCUCAGCUGCAGCCUCAUCAACUAAUGGCCGCUAUGGAGGCGGGCGCCGGCGGGCAGAGAGCGUCGAGCUCGGGCCGCCAGAAGGAGCAAGCCUCCACUUGCCCCCGCGUGCAAACUCCACCCACCACCAAAUUCUGGUACUACACAACUACAGCUCUCACUCAGCCGAGGGUACUUCUGCCAAGACCUGCGCCGAUACUGCGACCGAAGGUGCUCCCGCUCCGUAAUUCCCCGUCGGCGGCGGCUGCCGCAAGAACAAGCGCCUCCUCUCCUGCCUCCUCACCUCCACGUGCGCUACCCCCGUCGCUGCACUGCUUCCUCUUUCUCCGUCAAGAAGUCGUCUCGGAGCAGCAAAACCCUAACCCUAAUCAUAACCACGACUUGAACCUGGCCUUUCCGAUACUUCCUGAAUUCCCUCCAUGCACCAAUGCUGGUACCUCUGCUAUGGAGCUUCUGAGGGGGAGGGGUUUGAACCCUACUCCUAACCCUAGCCCGUUCAUGCCUAUGCAUCCGAUGCCGAUACCGGAGUAUCCUUCGGGUUUCGGAGUGCAAGAUUUCAGGUCGAGUGCCUUGAGUUUUGGUAUGGAUGGUGCAAAGCGGAGGAGGGGAUGGUCAAGGGUUUUGGAAUGGGAUGAUGGGAGGAGGUCUGUCGAUGUCUCACCACCCCAACCAAGAUUCUUGCCAGACAUGAAAGCACAAAGAGCUGAGGAGGAGAGCAACCGAGAGUUGAUCGAUGCUAGGGGCAUUUCUACAAUUGUUGCAUCACAAUGA